ACAAAUGUUCUACUAAGGAGAACAAUGGUGGCUGCAGAUCUGGACUUAAUGAUUCUAAAGUCAAAGUUCCACCAACGGCCAUUCCAGUGGGACAUAUACCUACAGGUACUGCCAACGUGAUGUCCCACUGCUGCUGUGGCUGUGUUGACAUUGUCACAGCUACGUUGUGUAUCAUCAGAGGUAACACACGGCCUAUUGGAGCCAGUGGAGUGUACAGUGGGGGGAAACUGUUGCGAUACAGUAUGGUAGGAGUCAGUAUUGGCUUCGUGGCAGACAUGAUGAACAAAAGGGACCAGCUGAGAUGGAUGGGCAUGUUCAGGUUACUGUGGGUUCCCUUCGUGAUCCUUUUCAGUGGUUUCCGAAACUUUAACGCGGGAAUAACUAUCGACACAAGAACAAAAGCCACAAUCAUGGAAGGUGAUACAGAAGAGAUUGUCUAUACAGAAAAGGAAGAAAAGUUUGAAGGAGACAUCUUUAACACAAUGUUGUUGUGCUGGAACUUAAAGGAUGUGAAAGGAAAGUCACAGAUAUGGCCAAAUAGAGGACCCUUCCAGACAUUCAUCUUCUACAAAAAGGGGUGCUCCUCACUUCAGUUUGUUUGGCAUGUGAUUAAAUUGAUCAGUGGUAAAAAGGAGGCGUUGCAGCAAGACUUCUUGCAGUACUAUCAGGCAGCUGGUUACACGAUUAAAGUUAAAGAGGACAGCCCAGUUGAUGAGAAUCUCGAUAUCAAUAUAGACGGAGACCCGUUUCGGCUACCAGAGCCAUAUCAUGAAAACAGGUUUCACCAUGAUGCUGUCCAGAUGUUUUCAAGUCUCACCGACACCGAUGCCGAUUCGUCAAUACAAUAAUACCAUGUUAUUCAAAGAAAAGAAAAAACAAAAUUGCAAUACACAUGCAGCAAAUGUUCAUAUUGUAAAAUGUUUCGUGUUUAGGAUGAAGUUUAGAGUAUUGUACUGUCAUAUUAUCAGACCUAAGCAUUGCAAAGGAUGUUUGUGCUAAAAAGCUGGAGUAAAUCUAUUAGCAAACGAC